CUGUUUGAAUGUAAACAUCAUCUUAAAUACAUAAACACACCUCGAGGACACAGAUCAUUAAACUUACUUUAAACAGGUUCAACAGUAGAGGAACAUUUAGGGCCAAACCGGGUCCCUGGACAGUCCUGGUAAGUUCUGGAAUCAUGGAGGAGUCAGCGCUGGAGAAGUACUUUGAUACUUACAUCGCAGACUCUCUGCAGAACGCCUCAAACAUGAUGGAAGGAAAGGACAAGGAGCAGGACGAGGACCAGGACGAGGGCCGGGAUGAGGAGCAGGACGAGGACGAGGAGCAGGACAAGGAGCAGGAUGAGGACCAGGAUGAGGAGCUGUUCUUCAAACUGCUGCCUGACGAGCUGCUCACAGAGGACGAGUCCAGCCAGGGCAAGAAAGAAACCAGUCCGGACUCUGAGUCCAAGUCUUCCUCGGCACACGUCAAGGUCUUGAAGCAUUCGUCCAAUCAGGAGAACUGUCGCCACUCCAUCCUGCAGAAUGCUGACACACAGUUAAACCCAAAGAUUAUAAACGUGUGCUCCACAGUGAACCUGGGCUGCAGGCUGGACCUGCACCACAUCGCUACAAACACGUGGAACGUGAAGUACGACAUGAAGGUACGGGGAUCUGACGCCCGGAGAAGAGAUCAGGGUUUCAGUUCGGACUCUGGUUUGUUGUUUCAGAGGCUUGUGGGACUCUCCAUGAAGAUCCGAAACCCCAGGAGCACGGGGACUUUCAGCGCAUCGGGGAAGCUGGUCUGUUUGGGAGCUGACAGCGUGGAGAAGUCCAGGAUAGCAGCUAGAAAGUUUGCCCGUAUCGUGCAGAGGUUGGGAUACCCCGUCCGCCUUACGGACUUUAAGGUCCACAACCUGACAGCCAGCUGUAAAGUGUUCCCCAUCAACCUGGAGCUGAUGUCCUUCUUUCGUCACUGCAGUUAUGAACCCGAGCUGUUUCCCGCCCUCUUCUUCGACGGGAUCCCCGGCAUAUCUCUGGCCAUCUUCAGAUCUGGGGUCAUAUCUCUGAGCGGAGCCAAAACUGAAACUGAGGUCAAGCAAGCGUUCGAAAUGGUCACACCAAUCUUGAGCUUGUACAGGAAGAAGUCGCCUCUAAUCUGGAUUAAAUAUAUGAAAAGAGGGAAUAACCGAGCUGCAGCCUCCACUGCUGAAACAGGAAGUGGUAAAAACUGCAGUUCCUCAAGUGUCCACUAGAGGAUGGAUCCAAAAACUGAAGAGGUCCCAUUAACACCCGUGUUAGAACGAAUCCUUCUAAAGCAGAAAUAAACAUGUUCACAGGG